CGAUUGAGAAGAAGCCUCAGGGUGCACAGAGGAUCGGUUCCAAAAGCUUAGAGCCGUCAGAUGUUCAUACAGCAGGAAAAACAUCUCAGAAAUUGAUUGUGGAGGAUCCUAAAGCCGAAAAAACACCUGAAAAACUAACUGUGGAGGUUUCUAAAGCAAAGAAAACAGUGGAAAAACUCAAUGUGGAGGUUCCUAAAGCAGAGAAAGCACCAGAGAAACUAACUGUGGAGGUUUCUAAAGCAGAGAAAACAACUGAAAAACUCAAUGUAGAGGUUUCUAAAGCAGAGAAAACAACUGAAAAACUCAAUGUAGAGGUUUCUAAAGCAGAGAAAACAACUGAAAAACUCAAUGUAGAGGUUUCUAAAGCAGAGAAAACACUGGAAAAGCUCAAUAUGAAGGUUCCUAAAGCAGAUAAAACACCUGAAAAACUAACUAUGGAGGUUUCUAAAGCAGAUAAAACACUGGAAAAACUCAAUGUGGAGGUUCCUAAAGCAGAGGAGAGAUCCACUCGGGGUGCUGAUCCACAGCAAGCAGCCUCUUCUGCUAAAGAACAAACAGAGGGCCAACAGGAAUCACCCAAAGGAUCCUCUGUUGACAAUAAGUCAUCAGUAGGCUCACCAGAGACAUCUGAAGGGAGCAACAAAACAUUAGGUGGGAUCCUGCUUUGCCGUCACAACUCGGCUAAAUCAGAGGGUGUCGAUGAGGGAGACCCUGCUGCCGACCGCUCGCCAAAGAAGAAGAAGAAGAACAAACGUCGCUCUGUUCGCUUCGGUACUGUGGUGACAGAUGAUGGUUCCCCUCCGGUGAUUCUGGGCUCAGAUUGUGAUUCCAACGAAGACGAGCGGGCGGAUGCUGAGGUCAAAACCAAGGAGGAUGGCCUCGUUUCAGCGCCGCUGUUUCAAAGACUUGGACUUCUCCAGAGGAGGGGAGACGAGACGCAAAAAGAAGAAAGGCUGAAACAUCUGGAAUUUCAAAAGAAACAGAAGGAGGAGGAAAGAGAACAGACGAGACACGAGGUGGAAGAGGAGAAAAAAUGUGACGAAGAUGAGCGGGAGAAAGAGUGGAUGAAACAGAAGGAAGAGUUUCGACUCAGGGAUGAGCAAAUAGAGAGGCAGAGGCUGCAAGAGUUGGAGAGAGCACGAGAAGAGGAAAGAGAGCAGGAAAAGAUAAGGGAGGAGGCGAUCGAAAAGGAACGACAGAUGAAGCUGCUGCAGCAAAAACAAACUGAGGAGCAAAGAAGGAGAGAAGAGAAACUUAAGGAGGAGCGGGAAAGAGAACGUCUGAAGGAGGAGGAGAGGAGACAGGUAGCGCUGAUGGAGGAAAGGAAAAGACAGAAGCAGAAAGAAGAGGAAGGGAGAUUAAUUGAAGAGAAAAAACGGAGCGACUUGAAAAUAAGUCGGGGUGAAUCAAAGGAGAACGACUUGAUGAGUGAGAGACAGCAAAAAGACGAGAGGUUUCAACUAGAAACGUGGGAAAAGGAAAUAUUAAGGAAGGACACUGAGGAAAGAGAGAAGCUGAGGAGGCAGGAGGAGGAGAGGAGGAGGGACAGUGAAAGACAUGAGGAGGAGAACCAAAGCCUGGAGAAGAGAAUUUGUUUGGACCUGGAAAAAGCGCAGUCAGAUGAAGACAGAAGGUUUGGAGCAGCUGAACAGAAGGACAAAGAGGAACCUGAGGCAGGAGCAGGAGGUGCACACCUGAUCAGCUUUAACGCUGAAGACUGGUCCAAGACGUCAGAGUCAGCACGUUCCCCUUCGUCCAACCUCAGCACGCCCAUAGAGAAUAUAAUCGAUGUCGUUUACGACGACUUCUCCGUCAAACAGCCUGACACAGACGUGGAGUUUGACGAUUUCUCCGUCAAGCCAAGAAGACGAGCUCCACAGACUAGAGUAGAAGCCACCAGCUACAGCUGGGCUGCUGAUCCUGGUGAUCAGAAGGAUGCACUGGUGUGGGCUGAUCAUGAAACUCAGGUUGAUCAGAGACAACACGUUCAGGAGCAGGUGGAAAGAGAACAAGCGAUUAGCCCAGUUCUGAAGAGCCCAGAGAAAGACGAGGUGGAGGUGUUGAUGGAUGUGGAUAUGAAGGAGGUAGAGGAAGAGGAGGAGGAGGAGGUGGAGGAAGUUGGAGAAAUGGAGGAAGAGAAGCUUGUCUUUGUGGAGGAGAGUGAAGAAGACGUGGAGAUGAAGUCAGACGAAGAUGCAGAGGAGGACAGCGAAGAGACGCAGGUUAACACUUACUUCACAAGUGAUGAGGAGAAACUCACGGAUGCUCUGUCAGAAGAAGAGUCACAUCCACCCAACGACAUCUGUGAGAAAACAUCUGGAACUGACAGUCCACAGCUCGUCCCUGAUGUCCCCUCUGAUGGUGUUGAUGCCACUGAGUCUCACAAAGAGGCAGAUUUCCCUGCAUUCCCUGAGAUCUCCACUCCUCUCCUUGAUACCAGCUCACAGAGAUCUAAAGCACAGCUGAGUCGGAGGCGAACUCGAUCGCGUCCAUCACGCUCGUUCCGUGCAGUGUCAGGUCAGACAGACGGACUGGACUGGAGCGUCAAUCCCCCCACAGGCGAAGAAAAGACACAAAAGGAGUCAGCUUCUGAGGAGAAACAGCCCAAACCAAUUAAUUCCACUCCCUCCGCUCAGAAAGUUUCUGUGUUUCCUGGUUUGAGCCCUGCGGCCCUACUCGCUGAGAUAAAGAAGAAAACAUGCGGAGGAGGACCUGCAGUAGAAGAGGACAAAGGAACAGAAGAGGAAGAAAAUCCAAGUGGAGAAGUUGCACCUUCUCCCUCACAGCUUUUGCAAUCUCCUCGACUGUACAGUUUCGCAGGAGCUACACGGGUUCUACCACCCAUAGGCAGCAAGGACGGAGGUGCCGUCUCCUCUCCAGCGUGGCUCAAAGAGCUGAAGUCUAAGCAGCGUAUGACUCAGCAUGGUGGUAAAACUUAGCCAGACACAAGAGUGCCGUCGCUCAGUUUCAGCCAGCUCGUCUCAGCCAGCUCGUCUCAGCUUCAACAUGGCCGCUCCAUCUUGCACCUUGAGAGACGGAGUUUUGGGCCUUUCCUUAGACCCCGUGGAGAACAGAUUCUCCUCCUGGACAUGGUGGCAAUAAAGACUGUUUAUAUCUUUUAAAUGAAAAAUGGUGCCAAGGAUGUGCACAGUCACUGUAAUGUGUUUAAAGCCAAGUAGAUGUUUAUUAAAGUGGUCUGGAGGGUGAAACGUACUUUACAGAAAAGCCCUGUUACUGCUUGAAUGUACAAGACCAUCAGAAAGGGACUGAUGACUCUGAAACCUUCUUCAACAGGGUAUUUACAUGUUUGUCUUUAUGCAGUUGUCACAAUUAAUAUAUUGCUUUAUCUAAUCUUUAAUCCUAAACCAAACAGAUUGUCCCAAUCUUAAACUUCUUAAUCUCCUUUUAGCUUCAUUCUUAAGAUCUUGUUUUGAUUUUUAAAAGGCUUUCCGAUUUAGUGAGGAUCAAUCCGCAACCAUACACAUGUAAAGAAAUAUGGAACAGAAGGUAUAUACCUUGCAUGUGUUUAGUUUGUUUUUUAUAUUAUGUAUCCAAAAAUGAAAAAAGCCUAAAGCACUUUAAAACAAAACUAUGACAACAUUUUACCUGUUCAGUGCAACUGAGCUAUAUAUCAUGUACAGAACUUAUUAACAGUCCAGGGAGUUAUAGUUAUUGUUGUUAAAGCGUUGCCAGACUCAGAUAAAAGGGGUUUUAUUAACAUUAUUAACACAGUAGCUUGUUAUAACAUUCAUGGUAGUCUGUCACUUAAGGAAAUGUGUGUAUUUUUUCUCAAACCUGGAAAAUGCUUUAACCAACUCAAGAUUAUUCUACGUGCCUUUAUAAUGCUGAAUAAAUGAAUGUCAUGGAUUAUGUGAUCAUUUAAGAUCAUCCUACUGUUUUUAAUGGAAAUG